AUGAGGCUGCGGGACUGCCGGGACGGUUUGAUGACCGGGCCCAGCCGGGAAGACGCCAACCUUCAUCCCCUUCCCAACCCCCGGCACCACUUCCCGCCAUCUCCCGGCGCCACCACUUCAGGCAGCCCACUCGGCCUGGCUUCCCCGCGCCCGGACCACCCCCCAUGGGGUGCUCUCACUGCGCAGCGAGUCCCUCCGCUGCCUCCUCCCAGCCCAAAAUGGCGGCGGCGGCAACCGAUCUUCUGGUCGCUUUCCUCUAGGGCCGAGGAUCCCUCCGCGCCCUGGCCCCUCCUCCCUCAGCCGGACCUAUUUUCUGCCCUUGCCCGAGAGCGGCUUUCCCAGAGCUGCUGCAACUGCAGCAAGAGGCAUCUGCUCAAAGAUUUGGAACAGAAGAAAGUGGCCACUCCAAACCAGCCAACUAAUACAGAGUCACCAGCAGUCCUGGAGGAGGCCAAGGGCUCUGGGGCUCCUGGGAGCCCCGCGACGCUCCCUAAGCCUCCCGACCCUGGCAGUUCCCUGCCCCUGACACCCCGGCUGGAGAGCCACUCGGAGGAUGAGGAGCCUGCCAGGGCUGGUGGAGGCCUGGGCAGGAAUGGAAGGGGUUCCCGGACCCAGAGCCCAGGGGGCUGCUCAGCAGAGGCCGUGCUGGGCCGGAAGAAGCACCGCCGGCGGCCAUCAAAGCGCAAGCGGCACUGGCGGCCCUACCUGGAGCUGAGCUGGGCAGAGAAGCAACAGCGGGAUGAGAGGCAGAGCCAGAGGGCCUCUCGGGUGCGCGAGGAGAUGUUUGCCAAAGGCCAGCCUGUGGCACCCUACAACACCACCCAGUUCCUGAUGAAUGACCGAGACCCAGAGGAGCCUGACCUGGAUGUGCCCCACGGGGUCUCCCACCCAGGCUCCAGCGGGGAGAGCGAGGCAGGGGACAGUGACGGGCGGGGCCGAGCUCACGGGGAGUUCCUGCAGAGGGAUUUCUCCGAGGCCUACGAGCGCUACCAUACCGAGAGCCUACAGGGCCGCAGCAAGCAGGAGCUGGUGCAAGACUACCUGGAUUUGGAGAAGCGGCUGUCGCUGGCUGAAGAGGAGGCAAGGAGGCUGCAGCAGCUGCAGGGCUGCACCAACCGGCAGUCGUGUCACCAGGUGGAGGAGCUGGCUGCCGAGAUAGAGAGGCUCCGGACGGAGAACCAGCGGCUUCGGCAGGAGAACGAGAUGUGGAACCGGGAGGGUGGCAGCCGCAGUGGGGAGCUGGGCACCUAGGGGUGCUCCCCAGUCAGGCUGACCCCAGGAGAAGGUUCCAUUUCACAUACACUCAGGCCAGCUGGAUCUCCAGGAGGCAGGUGGCAGGUGAAAAUCGUUCUCAGCACCCCUCAGCUCCCUGAGAACAGCUGAAAUAGGUUCAGACUUCCAUCUUGUCAUUUUCACAAUUUGUUCUUUGAUGUCAUCUUAUUUUUCAUAAAGAAAUUAAAAGGUCCUGGUGAGA